GCUUCUUAUUCCAUCGAUCGUUGCUCGACUGAAUUGGCUCACACAAAAAUGUAGUACUGUACCUUCUUUUAUUCUCUAGUCCCAUCAAUUGUGCGAAACUAUUGCUGGAACCAUGCACCUACAUUGUCCAAUAUCUAUCUCAUGCAGCUUAAAUCCUUAUCAAACCUCUUUCUCAUUUUAUUGUCCAAUCAAUUAUCCAGUGGUUACAACAACAUGUUUUUUCCUUCCUUUUUCUGCAACUAGUCUUUCCUCUGUUUAAGAGUAAGUGAUGAUACUUAGGUGCACCAGAUUUACUGAUACACCAAGUGCAGGCAAUAACUUCCCGACUAGGUAGUAUCCUGCUGCCCCUCCCUAUUUAAAGUUUUAAACACACAUAUAUUACAUCCCCGAAAUCGAUCCCAUAGAUCCACUCCCUCGCCCCCGCCCCGUCCCUGAUCUCUACAUAUACCCAAAAAAAGAAAAAAAGAAAAAAGAAAAAAAGAUCAAAUAGCUAGCUAGAGAGCGCGCAUGUACACGUAUAACAAGAUGAGGAUGGUCGACCUGGGGAGUCACGUCAUCGACAGGCCGACCGCAGUGGACUGCAGCAAGGACGUGCGCUUCGGCCGCUCCUUCCGCUCCCUGGUGGAGUGCAUGGUCCCUUACUGCUGCGCCUUCCAACCCUCCAGCUCCCUCUCAUCCUCCUCAUCGUCGUCGUCGUCGUCCUCCAUCUACACAUUAGAUAACGCAGCCGCCGAUGCCGGUCCAACCAACCUCACGCUCACCGGCACCUUCUUCGGCUACCGCCGCAGCCGCGUCCGUUUCUGCCUCCACGACAGCUCCUACUCCCGAGCCGCCGCUCCUCUCCUCCUCCUCGAGUUCGCCAUCCCCACCGCUUACCUCGCCAGAGAGAUGCAGCACGGCCUGCUCCGCAUCGCCCUCGAGUGCGACCGCAGCGCCUACACAUACGGCGGCGGCUCCUCGCUGUUCGCCAUGCCCGUCUGGUCCAUGUACUGCAACGGGCGCAAGGUUGGGUUCGCGGUGCGGCGCCAGAUGAGCGAGGGCGACGCCGCCGUCUUCAAGCUCAUGCAGUCAGUGUCGGUGGGCGCCGGCGUGCUCCCCGGGGAGUCCAAGUCCGGAGAUGGAGAUCUCUUGUACCUGAGGGCCAGUUUCCAGCGAGUUGUCGGAUCGGUGGACUCCCAGUCGUUCCAUAUGAUUAAUCCGGUGGGGAGCACGGGCCAACAGUUGAGUAUAUUCCUUCUUCGAACAUAAAUCAGGAUAUAUCUUCCUGCCUGUAUUUGUGGCUCGCAACUUAAUUAAUUAAUUAUAUAUCUUUCUCUCUCUACAUAUAUAUAUAUAUAUAUAUAUAUAUAUAAAAGUACAUAUGGAAAGGCCAGUUAUUAAUUAAUUAGAUGUUGGACUACCGUGCUGCACUGUAGUACUGUACUGUAUAUAUCCCGGUUGGGUUUCCUCAAAAUUAUGUUCCCCGUCGCAUGCAAUGUUUCAACUUAAGUGCCUCAUCCUCUAUAUAUGUCUUAUUUCACUGUUUUUCUUUUUAUUUUUCUGAGAAAACUUUCCAUAACAGUUUUGACGUGUGCUGCAACAAAACAAAAUGAGUCGUGAGAAUCGAUGAGGAAAGGAAAAAGAAAUUAGGUGUAAUGGCCUGAGCAGCGGCCUAAUCUUUGCUUUAUCAGAACUCCGCAAUAUUUCUUUUCAGUGACGUCCAGCUAUGUGACACACGUGCUUCUAGCUGCUUGCGUUGUAUGUCCGGCUAUUUAUAUGGUUCUCUGUGGAAUCUCCCAACUUGGGAAAGUGCGGACGAGAAGAGGACAUGCACAGAAUCGGAUGGAGAAUUAAAGCU